AUGGUGACCCCCCAAAUCGGUUCGGACUUUGUUAAGCCCGUCGGUGUGUCGGAGCUGUACGAAAUUUCCAGAAUGAAGAUCGCCUUCUGCCUUGCCAUUGUUGCCUUAACCUACUACCUCGCGUUUGCUGAACCGAUCAUGUCGAAGCACCUCGCUGUGCGAGUCAAGAGACAAGAUCUUGGUGCAAGCCAACCAACGGGUGCCAGUCUACAGUCGGGAACUGGCGGCACAGCAGCAGCCGCUGGCUCUGGUUCGGGAGCUGGUACCGGUGUCGGAUCCUUCAGCACUACAUCCGUUUCGAUGUGCUGUUGUGUGUUUAUGCGUACUUCUGCCAUAGUUAUUAUUCGCUUUCGUAAGACCUGCCGUAAGAACACUGCUCUAAUUUUUGAUCUGGAUUCGGAUCAUGGAAAACUCCUCAACGGAUGA